CAAUCAGUGCCGAGACAAUGAUGACCAAAUUAACGUACUAUAAAGCAGCUCUAAUUUUAGCCUGGUUUGUUAUUGUAAGAGUUCGUAGGGAAGGGUAAAGGGGGAGGUGAAGGCUGCUACAAAUGACUAAUGCUGCAUUUCAGCCUCCUAAACCAUAUUUAGUGAUAUGGGAUAUAAACCUAAGCUCUCAGUACAAUUUUUCCUAUUUGAGUCCUGUUCCCUCUCUCCUGUUCCCUCUCCUACAGACAGCUGCUGACAGACAGGCUACAACUUCCAGCAACAUUACUCCAUGCUCUCACUAAAAACUGAUCAGUUAUAACAUAUCCUUUUAAGAAGUUUGAAAUAAAAUAUGCUAAGUAUAUUAAAAAUGUGCCAGGUAUGUUACACCCACUGCCAGAUUCAAUGCCAGUAAAUUAUCCUGUUUUGCAAGGCAUUCCCUAUUGCUAUUCACUAUGUGAAUAAACUUCUAGCUUUCAUUCAUUCUAGGCUCUGGAGCCCAGUGAUGGCAGCUCUGGGAAACAGCCUUUGGGCUGAGGGCUGUCCUCUUCAUUUUUUGAAUGUUCUCCACAAGGAAUGGUUCAUGGGAUUGCUAUCAGUAUGCUCCAGGGCAAAUGCCUCCUUCUGUGGGAUGCUUCUGGGGAGUUGUUAUCACUGGGCUCCAACUUUAACACCUCCAACCCACUGAAAAUCUUUUAUCUGUAGCUGUUAUCAGCAGGCUUCACAGUUAAAAUACCAUCACCCAAGAAGGCUGUUUACUGGAAUGGCUUUUUUUUAAGUCUCCAGAGUGAAAACUAUGCCCCAAGUCUGGAGGAGCAGCCAUCAGUAGGAUCCAAAGCAUCAUCUAAACAAAACUUAUUUGAUAGCUUUGCACUGAUGAGGACACAAAGGAAAGAAAGAUGAAAAAAAAUGAAUGCAGAUGAUUCAGGCUAAUGACACCAAGAACACAAGAACUGGAACUCAUCAACUAAUGCUGGCAUUUCUAAAUAAUCCAACAAGAAAUGUGAUUAGCCAGCUACACUGAUAAUGUAUUAGCUCCUGCCAGUCUUCUCAAUAUCUGCUUCACCUAAGGUAAAAGAACAAGCUCAUAUACAAUUUUGUUAGUAUAUCAAAGACUGCAAGUGCUAUGAAAACUGCUGGUUAUACUGCAUGAGUACUUGACCAGUGGGAGAAAAUCCCAUCUGUGUGUGCCUUUGAAGUUUAAGUGCCCUUCACUACACAAAUCAGCUUGUGUUAAAGGAUUCUUAUGUCUUCUAAACUGGUUUGCCACUCCACUGUUUUACCUCACCCACAGCAUCUCCAUUCAAAUCACAAUUCAUAUGCUUCAGAAUGUAUUUCCUAACUGAUGCUAUAUUAACCACAGCCCAUGUAACACAGCAAUGGAAGAAAAGCCAUAAGGGUCUCAAACCAUAAAAACCUGGAGACUGAAAAGCUUUAAGGGUCACUAAACAAAGCAUGGGUAAUAACUGGUAUUACUGACAAAGAGUCAGGAAGUCUGGGGAAGGAAAAACCUAGCAGGAGAACUCAUAGUGCAGGCACAGAGAUUCAAACACUACUGGCAAAAUCAGAAUAAUGAAACUUUGUCCAACCCUUCCAGGGAAACCUUGAAAGAAUUCAUAUGUUCCUGAGGCAUCAACAUUGCUUUAGGAAAAUCCUGUUGACCAUGAACUCCCAAAAUAACCUGGAGAAGUGGGCAUUAAAGAGAGAAAACUGCUUGAAGACAUCAGUAGCAUCUGAGGAGUGAUGCAGAAACUGGCAGCCCUCAAAUGGAGAGGCCAGAACAACUGAUAUUAUUGAUAGCUUUGCUCUUUCCCUCCCCUGUAAUAGUAAGCUCAGAGCACAGAGACCUCGGAAAAGUAUCAAAAGGUACAAAGCACAAGCUGGGCAUUGGGCACUAUCAACUUCCCAGCUCAUUUCAGGGGAUCUCCCAUCGGAAAUGACUGCAGGUGGCAGUUACAGCUAACUCACAACAUUUGUUCACCCCCAAAGAAGGGCAUUCUUACAUUAUUGCUAAAUAAGAUUAGAAGCUCAAUUAUAGAGCCUGGACAGAAGCUAAGCCACAUCAGCUGCUUUCUCACUCCUUUCCUGCCAGACCAGCAGUUAAUGGAAAGGCCAAAGCAAAACAGGGGAGAAGUUUGAGAAAAAAACUUGUUUAAUUCUUCUGGUUCUUGGGGAGGUUGUUUUUUUCCCCUCUGGCUAAGAGGUGUUGUCAAAAGGAUUCUGCCCUAGAGUCUCAACUCUACGGGGUGAGAAUUAGAGUGGGCAGCUCUCAAAGACACUUUGAGGCAAAAGCCUCUGUCAGUUCUCCCAGCCCUACAGCAAGCAGUUCAGGCAGACACAACCCAUUAGACAAAUGCUCUGUGCUCAGGCACCACUGGACCAGAAAGGGCAGUGCGGGGUCUCUGGGAACAUGGGGACAAAAGCAGCUCUGUGUGAGAACAAACUGGGGCUGCCCCACACCAGACUGAGCCAGUUCCAUGGCAGGCCCAUGCCCAGCCCCAGAAGAGCUCUGCAGGCAAUACGGCAGCACUGCAGCAUGAACAGGUCUCAACAUCACAGUGGGCUUUGCUCAUCACAGGGAGAGAAUGGCCCUUUGGGAUGUCACCUGGUGAUGGAGGUCAAUGUUGAUGGAUCCACCUAGCAAUGGAUUAUGAUGUCACCCAGGGGCUGGUGUCCCUCCCUGCACAUCACCCAGUCAGCGCCACACUCCAGCAGACCAAGUUCGCGUGCAGACGCGCCGGAGGCUACCACCCAGCCAGGCCAGCGCUGCGCUUCUCCACUGCGGCUGGCCUGGCAAACAAUCAUUGCCUGAGGGCACAGCAGGGAGUUCUUGCUGCAUCUUUGCUUCUAACUUGCUGCUUCUCUCCAUUCCUCCUUCUCUUCCAUCUGCUACUCCUUGUUGCUCUUCACUUUCCUUCACCUUCUCUCGUGAUGCUAGUUUGCUUUCUUCCUGCUCUGGGCUACAGGAAAGCUUUGUACCAGUGCUGUGUCAGAGAAGCCCUUUGGUAGCUCUCCAGUUUUUCCUGUAGUUUCUCUGGCCACCAGCAUGGAGGGACCCUGGGUAGGCAACUGGCGACCUCAUCCCCGACGGGGCCCAAUCCUUGCAGAAUUCAGCACCCCAGGUCCCAAGUACUGGCUCCCUGGGACAACAGGUAAACCAACUAUCAGGGGACAUGAUAGCACAGCACAGUGCUUGCUACCACUUGGGAACCUCCUUUCACCACACAGCUGCAGGCACAGGUCCUUUCACAGGCUUUUCUUGCCAGGUCAUAUGGCUCAUGAUCCCACCAAAGACAGAGCCCCUGCGUUCUCAUUUCGAGGGACCAAAGCUCCCUCCACAGACACCUGCUCACCAGGUCCUCGGUACUUCAUUGAAUCAUCCAUCACCAAGACUGGGAAGCAGAUGGCUCCAUCAGCACUUGUGACAGCACGUCCCAAGAUCAGGAUUUUGGCCACCCCUGGACCCAGUGACUACCGCACGGAUCGUGCCAACAAACUCGUCUUCCAUACUGCACCGUCCAAUCUCAUGGUGUUCCGGCCCAAGGACUUGAAAAGGUUCCGAACACCAGGUCCUGGCACCUACACCUUGCCCAGGAUUCUGGGACCCAACACAGCAUACACUCAUGCUGAACCAUGCUACUCCAUGAAGGGGAAGAGUCAAUACCAGAGCUGUUUUCAAGAUGUGGCAAAGACGCCAGGUCCUGCAGCAUUUGACAAGGUGGAUCUGGAUGUCUACAAAACCAAGGCUCCCAGGUUCUCAAUGGGACUAAGAACCAAAGUUCCUGGAAAGGGAGGGUUUCCAGGUCCAGCAGACUACAACACCCUGGGAAAGGUUGCACUGAUCAAGGCCCGGGAUCCUGCUUACACUUUUGGACUACGACAUUCUCUCUACAAAGCUUCCAUAAUACCUGCAACACAUGUUGAUUAAAGACAGACACCUGAAGAGAUCUUUUUUCUGUUCCUCCUUUGCAGCAGGGUGGGGUUAGGUGUGCGUUGGUGUAGACCACUGGCUUCACUGUCUCAUGUCUAUGCCUCAGUCAAAACAUGGCAGGAUGAGGGUGAGGGGAGAGCAGUGCGGUAACAGCGUGAGCCAUGCUGACACAUCCAACACCACCAUUUCACCUAACCAGAGCAAAACACUGUGAAAGCUUUCCAGCCCUGCCUUGCACACUCUCACCCCAUGGCCCAUGCUGGCCUCAAGGACAAAGCCCAUCUCAGUGUCCCCCUUUUCAGUGCACAUAGGUGGCAUCUGCCCAAGGUGUGCCCAGAAACACAUAUGCCCUGCAUCCUCUCUUGACACAGGCAGGGGCGGGCUCAUUUCCACAGGUAAGUCCCCAGAACACUGAGAGUUAAGGAGAAAGAACCAUUAUUCCCAGUCUGAAAAUGGAAUCACCAUAGAAUCCUGCAACAGCCCAGGUGGGAAGGGACAUUGGAAGGGACCUCAUCCAGCCCUUGUGCAGAAGUGGCAGCCUGGAAGAGACUAGCCAGCACCUAGCCAACUGCAAACUUGAUUGUGGCCAGUGAUGGGACUCUACUGUCCCCCUGGGGAGCCUGUUUCUCCUCUCUGGCUAAGUGGUGAUGCCAAAAGGAUACAAAAUCCCCUGAUUGCUGGGGAACAGGGUGGGAAUUGUUGGAGUGGGCAGCUUUUUCAGGUGCUCCAAGGCAGGAGCCUCUCUCAGCUCUGUGACCUGCACUUCAGUCUACUUAGCCUCUUACAAUUACACUGAUAAAAUAAUUUAAUAAUAAAAAAGGCAAAAGUGUUACUAUGAUUACAAGUAGAAAACCCUGAAGCAUAUGUUAUAUGAAUGUUAGGAGUGCUGUUUUUAAAGUAUUCAGUCAGAGAAACCUUAUCAAGAAGUUACCAGGUCUCAUGUGCCUUGUUCAAGAAACUAUGCUAAUCGUCAUGAACACCAGUUGGAAAACCCUUCCCUUCCCAUCCUAAUUUGCCUAUCAAGGAUUCCAAUCAGUAGAUCUCAGUAGAUAUGGCCAAUUAUAGUCAUAGGGUAGGAAUAUUAUUGUAGUUAUAUAACUAGUGAAACCAAUCAUUGUAAAGGUUACACCUAAGAAUGGGCAGAUGAUGUAUACUAUGUAAAAGAACUUAUGUAAAAAUGACACAGCAGAAAAAGCAUAUA